AUGGGUCUUCUCCAAUGGCUCGGUUUGCGCAGGCGCAACCAAUGGCAGCCACUCACCCUUCUCGACUCCCUCCUUCUCUCGCCAUUGACCUACCUCACAAGUCUGUUCUACCACGUCGUGCUCCUCCUACGAGGUCACCCCUUUCAUCCCGCCCACCCCAAGAUCCGUGUCGUCGCCAUCUCCGACACCCAUGACCAAAUCGUUCACAUUCCCCAGGGCGACAUCUUGGUGCACGCGGGCGACCUGACGAACGAGGGCACCGUGAGGGAUAUCCAGAAGCAAAUCGACUGGCUCAAGCGCCAACCACACGCCGUCAAGAUUGUCAUCGCGGGCAACCACGACUCAUGGUUUGACCCCAAGUCGAGGCGGGACGAGGAUGUCAAGUCCGGGGCCCAGGUCGAUCUGGACGGCGUGGUGUACCUCGAGAGCCAGAUGACGGUGCAGGAAAUCAGGGGUCGAAAGGUUCAUAUCUUUGGGGUCCCGGAUAUCCCCAACAUUGGACCUCCUGAAUUCGCCUUCCAAUACCAGCCAGACGAGCACCCGUGGCUCAGCAAGAUCCCUCCCGAGACAGAUAUCCUCAUCACCCACUCUCCGCCCAAACACCACCACGACCUCGCCCUCGGCGAUCCGCAUCUCCUGCGUGAACUGUACCGCGUCCGUCCUAGACUGCACAUCUUUGGCCACGUCCACUUUGGUUAUGGCUCGUCACCGGCGUACUACGACGAUCUGCAGACGGCCUACGAGAGACUCAUGGCGCGGCCUAAGCGGGGCUGGCUGAGGGAGUGUUUCCCUUGCGCGUUGUGGUGGGAUGUUGCGACGGUCUUGUACCUCGGCCUCGAGAGCGUGGCGUGGAAGUGGCUCAUGGGCGGACCGGGCAGCAACAGGGGCGGGCUGAUGGUGAAUGCGGCGCAGAUGCAUGGGAACACGGGCAAGGUACGAAGUCGGGCCGUCGUGGUCGACAUCUAG